AUGGGGACGUUGUCUCCCUUUUUGGCUUUUCGGUUGCUCGCCUUAUCGAGGGCGGCUAUAGACAAUGCAGAAUUCGUCUCUGAGAAGGCAAAUAAAUAUGAGAUCAAAAUCCAAGGAAACUUCAAAGGAGGAUCUUCCUCGUUCAACCUCGUUCCUGUUGACGCAGAUUCCGAACGCUUCAUCCCAUGCCACUAUGAAGGAGGCUUGAUUCAACCGGCUGGUUUGAUUCUUCCAACCAAGCGAGAGCGAGCAUGGGCUGUUCAGAGAGGCAUGACACACACUAUUGAUGCUCCUGAGCGAUUCAAGACGGAAAUCACUUGCUAUGCUUAUCUUCCGGAGGGCUCGUACUACGUUGCUCAGGGACGAGAUAUCUGUAGAGAUGAAGAAAACUGUCUCCUCAUCGCUGGAAGCUACGAAGACACUGAUUACUCAAAAAUCAGCCGAAAUAGUGGCCCCGUCUUCAACUCAAUCAAUCCCGAUCGAGUUUCCGUUCAUGGUGGUGGCAUCUUGAGCAUCCAAGGAAGUGGUUUCGGCACGAAUGCUGCGUACAGUUUUGAAGGCGACGAGGGUGGAACUGGGUACAAAGUCAUCUUCAUCCCUAGAAAUGGACAAGAGGUUAAAGAAGGUAUUCUCAUUGAGCACAAACACCGAGACAACUUGAUGGAAGUCGAGGUUCCCGAGUGGGAAGGACGAGAAGCCGCUGAUACCGACGUUGAACUCUAUUAUUUGAGUAAUGGCGCUUACGAGAAAGUCGGUACGAAGCUUUUGCGACGAUACAACGACAGAACACCCAUCGUAAACUGGAUGUCUGUUAAUGCCAUGAAUCCUUUCCGAAGCUCAUACUGGACCAGUUGGCGAUCCCUCUCGUCUGGUGUAAACGACGAUGAGUGGGCAGGCAACCGAUAUUUCCAGGAUUUUCUUCUUGGAGAGGGAGAUAUGUGCCAGAGCCCGAUAGGUAUCCAGGCUAGACGUGUUGAUACUGGCGAGCUUGCUCAAAAGACAGAUCAAGUUUUCCGGCACUACAACCCUUACGUUGGUUUCCAGUGCGUCGGCGAGGAUCAGCACAGCUCAGAAGAAUCUCAAUUCAACUGCUUGGACUACGAAGUUCGGUAUUUCUGCGACAAGGGUGUUCAGAUCAAUGGCCAACUUUACACUGGUCGAUAUGGUGAGGAAGUUGAAUCAGGCAACCGACUUCGAGGUCCUGCUCUUCUCAACAACGAAUAUGGCUACUCAUACGCCAACUGCGAUUACGCAUGGAGAGAUCCCGAUACUGAUGAGCUCCACAAGUCCUAUGCCACUGACUCUGUUGCUGUCUGUAAUAUUGGUACGAAAAACCCUAAUGCUGCUAUCGGUAACCAACGAUUCCGAACGGUGACAUAUGACCAGGGCCGAGGAGGUGUCAGAACGGCUGGUUAUUUCAUGGGUCCAAGCCCAGACUAUAAGCUUUUUGACUUUACGAUACAUGGAGGUAUUAAUUCCGUUACGCCUGCAUCUGGUGGUGCUGGCGGUGGACAACUGAUAACAGUCCAGGGAGACGGAUUGAGCAACACGACAAAAGUUAAUCUUGGUAAUCAAGAAUGCGCGUUCAACUCGUUCAACGACGAGACUGGCGAGUUUGUUUGCACCACACCAUCUGUUGAUAGCUGCGCAAGCAUGGGUUCUUGGUUCCCAGGUGCUCGAGGAUUGACCGCAGAAUGGACCAAUUCCGCUAUGAAUCCGGGCGACAAUAGCUGGAGAAACUGGGAAACUUCCGUCACAGAUAUCAAACAGUACGUUAUCGAAAGCUCGAUGCAAUCAUACGUUGAUGGCAAAUCUAUGUUCUCUGGAAUGACUUUGUCGCAAAGCACACAUCGAUUCACUGGUUACUUCGUCCCGCCAUUUUCGGGAUGGUUCACAUUCACUGGCUCCGCUGACGAUAAAAUCACUAUCUACUUCGAUGGAGUUGCCGAGGGAUCAUCAUCUUGUGGUUCAGACCACAGCAAUAUGGAAGAACUUUUCAGAGGCAGCUGCUGUGCUGGUACUGACUACAACAAUGGCAAUUACAAGAAGUCGAAAAAAAUUGAGCUCACUGCAGGAGAAAAAUAUCCGAUUGAAAUCAUUUACUCUAACCACGGAUCUGGUGGAUAUUUCUUCGCCGGUUUCGUCUAUCAUGGAACAAAUGAGGCUUACAAUCUUGAAGAAACUGCUGGCGACAUUCCUUAUCCUAAAGGCGAUUUCGGUUCGUGCAUGGACGAGCGACAAGAUAUCCGACUCAUCUCACACGAACAACGAGAAAACAUCGCUGUCAAAGUUGAGGGUGAUUCAACUACGGAGUUCAAUCUUCAGUGGUGCAAUGACGCUGGAAUCUGCAAAGUUUCUCGUAAAGCAAUGAAGGGAGAUAGCUCUGCAAGUGCCUAUCGAAGCUCUGUUCAGGAUCUUCUUGACUCUCAUAUUGAGACCAGCGGUUCUUUUGACCCAGUUUACGAAGUUGACGGAGAUUCUUCAGCACACGGUCCUGCUUUUGAGGGCGGUUUUAUGUACAACUGGAGAAACGGAUGGCAAAUCAUGAACAACAAGGAUUUGAAUCUACAGCGUGACGCAACUGACAUCUGCAUGGCUUACAAAGCUUCAACUCAAGGUGUAAUUCGACUCCACCUCUCUAACGUCAAAUCUGAGAGAUUAUUCGAUCCUGAAAUUGCACUUUCUGAACAAGACCCAAGACGAUCAUUUACUUUUGACUACGAUAUGGCGCCUCCAAAUGGCGUUGAUUGGACAUUUUUCUGCCAGGAAAUAUAUACAUCCGUCUACACAAAGCUCAACGAUGAAGAUUUGAUGAACAAAAUCAAUCCUGACAUUCGACUUCACGCUGUUGAGCUGCGAGGUGACUCGUGGUUCAAAGUUGAUUUCUUCAAAGUUGGAAAUGACAACAGUUUCUCCGUCACAAGUCGAGAAGAAGCUAUCAAUCCCAAUAUUUGGAUCACUCAACUCCGUAAGGAAUCUAAAACCGAUGGUGUCUUCAAUGUUGAAAUGAUUGAGUCUAACUGUGGUUAUGAAUUCAACGACUUCGAAAUUGUCUCUCUUGCCGGUCUUGAAGUUACAUCUUCGUCUACGUCUGUCGUCAACGUUGAUGGACUCACCGUUCCCGCUACAGUCUACACUGUCAAUGGAGUAACUACCGUGACAGUUUACGAGAAUAAAAAAGUUAGUCCCGGUGUCACCGGAUACUACGAGCUAGACUAUGGACCACUUGGCAAGGCUGAAUUUGAUGUCACACUUGAUGCGAAUGGUUUCAAGAACAUCUUCUCAAGCGCAUUCGGUCAGACUUUCUCUUGGAUCAAAAAGAGUGGAGAUUGCAACACUGGUUUCAAAUACGACUUCCGAUUCAAUGGUUGUGAUGACAUCCCUACUCCGGUUGCUGUUAACACAGGUCUCUCCCGACCUGAGCUCGUUCCUACUGUCACUGAUCAUCGAGAUGGAGGUAUUUUCUUCCAGUCUAUUCCUGGAAACUACUUCCGACAGCGAACAAAGACUCCUAAGUUGAGCGCAUUCAACACCGAACUGAGCAUUCCUUACAGUUGUGAAGGAACUGGCUGCGACUUUGUAUAUGCUGAUCCAGCUGAUGCACCAACUAUCUCUUCAAUCAACCCAGCUACCUUCAAUGGCGCUACCACUUUCAUCCUUUCUGGUGAAAACCUCGACACCGCAAAUUUGGAAAUCUUCAUCGGCCAUGUUAAAUGUACUCUCUCAUCUGUUGUCACUUCGUCUGCGACUUGCGACAUUUCUGACCUCUCUCUUCCUGGCGGAAAUGUUCCCCUCUAUGUAAGUAGCACUACUUUCGGAAAAGUCAGAACAGCAACAUCCCUUGUUGUUAACCCAGAAGUCACCUCUGUUCUCCCUGUCGGAGGAUCUGAGCUUGGCGGACAGCUCAUCACUAUUGACGGCGUUGGUCUUGGCGGUCUCGACUCUGUAGAAAUGAACGGUGUUGCGUGCGAGGUUAUCGAUACGAUCGGCACUUCUGUUAUAAUUCGAUCUGUCGCUGGUGCUAACCCAGUAACCUUCACUAUCAACAGUUGGGGUAGUGAGCCAUACAACUUUGAAAGCACCGGCUAUAUGUAUGCCGCUCCAGCAACCCUUUCUGAUAAUAGUGGAAUCAUUGGAAUCCUUUCCGUUGCUGGAGGACAAACAAUGUCUGUUUUUAUCGGAGGAACAAAUGAUGUAGGAACUGAUUUUGUCGCCAUCAUCUCUGGUAGCGAGGAAAACGACAUCGAGAUUAUCGAUACUGUUGCCGUGGGCGAAUUCUACGACUUCAUCACUCCUGUCAAGGCAGCUGGAAUUUACAAUAUUCAACUUCGAUCAGAUAUCUUUGGUUUGACAGAAGCUAUUCCAGCAACUUACAGAUUCGCUCUUGAAUCUGCUUCUUCUGAAUGGGACAAUGAUAAUGCUUCACCUGCAGGCCUUGGAAACCUCAAGAUUACAGUCGCUGCUGGUGGUCUAGCAGGUGCCACUGUUGAUAACCUUGCUGUAAAGCUCGGGGUCAAAGACUGUAUUGUUGAGUCUGUUGGCAUUACUGAGUUCGAAUGUGUCAUGCCAUCUUAUCUAGAUGCAUAUGAUGUUACUCUUGAGCUCGAUACUGCUUCUUGGAGCCCACAAAACAUCGAAGUUCACCAGUAUGCUAAAAUCACUUGGCUCUGGGGAUUCUCUCUGGCUGACGGAACUGUUCCUACUUUCCAAAUGCGUGAAAUUGACGCCGCAACAGGCUUUGAUGUUCCUGGGGGUUUCUCAACUGAAGCCGUCCAGAGUAAUCUCGGGCUCGUGAGCCUUUUUGCAAGUAUGGCCCCAGGAACUUAUUCGUACUCGUCUGGAUUCGUCGAUGGCUUUGCUGGAACUGCUGAAUUCCGAGGAACUAUCACAGUUCUUCCACCCAAAAAGCUCGUUCUUCCUGUCACCGUCACUCUUGCUGGACAAGAAGCAACCACUGGUUUGACUCAGCGUAAGAAAGAUCGUAAGAAAUUCAAGAAACUCCAGAACCAGCAAGAUAAGGCAAAUCAAGAACGAAUGAUCAGAUGUGAUCCGACUCCUUAUGUUGAUCCAAUCAAUGGUGCUGCUGAUGUUACUCUCAUUGACACAUCAGAGGCAACCAAGCUCUCUUUCGUUCUAUGUCCUGGUUGGGCUCCAACUUUGACGAGCAUUGUCCAGACAGACACAACUAUUUCUGUGGAUUACAGUCCAGUUGUUGCGGGUGAGUGUGCUAACAACUACGAAGUUGUCCAGACAAGCCCAUCGUGCGUAGAUCAACUCAGCUACACUGUUGUCGGUACAAAUGUAGAUAAUCUUGACAUUGAAGUCGCUCAUAGUCUUCCUCACCCAAUUGGUUCCAGCGUUGAAUUCAACGUUGUCCAAGCUGGUAGAGGUGCUGCUUUCAAAACAACGGCAACUAAGAUCACACUUGAGCCCAGUAUCAACACUGUGAAUCUUGAUGAUAUGAGUCAAAACCGAUUUUUGUCCCCUAAGGGAGGAUCGAAAAUUGUCGUCAAAGGAUCAGGAUUCGUUUCCAGCAGAACAAUCGCUGUCACUGCUAAUAUUUGUGAAGUCAUCAGUGUUGACUGUAACGACGCCACUGACUGCACUAUCGAGUGCGUUGCAAAUCCAUCGAGCAAUGGCGAUAGCCGAGAACUUGAGCUCACCUGGGAGCUCAGUGCCUGCACUGGCCAAGCUACGUCUUACACUCUUUCUUCUGGAUAUGAAUUUGUCACCAAUGACGAAGUCAGCAUUUCCGUCGAUGCUGCAAAUGUUGAUUUCGCAACCGAAACUGGCAUGGCUUCUAUCCAGUUUUCGUGCACUCUCAAUUGCGCACUUCUCGAGAUGGGAUUUUCAUCUGGGGAUUUUGAUAUUGACUUGAAACAAGGAGAAUCUACAAUUGCCCUCUCAGACGUGGCUUUCAAUAAAAUUGACAACACAUUCAUCCUCACUUUUACCGCCGCAGAUUACGCUCCGGGCGCUGUUCAGUUUUCUCUAGUUUCUUACUACCAACACGGAACUAUCGUAUCUGUUGAUGAUACUGCCGUCGCUGCUGCACUUGAACGAUCUCUUCCAGUAGCAUCUUUUGAUGCGUGCUAUCAGGAUGUCAACUGUCUCACAAGCGGUUAUUCGAUAUAUGGUGGUUCAACUGCGACCGUUGUCUUCUCUGACGAAAUUCCAGAAGACCUCCAGAUCAGCAUUAUGGAAGGACAGAACGAACUUUGCCUUGACGGCUGUGGACUUGAAUUUGCAGCUGGAACGUACCAGGCCACUUUUGUUGUCCCUGCUAGCGUCGUUGCAGCUGACUCGUCUGCUAAACUCGGCUUUGCUGUAAAUGGCGGACAAUUUGUUUAUGCUUCUGCUUAUGAAGUUGUCUACAGCGUGGCUGCCACCCCACAAAUUGACACUCUUACUCCAUCGAAAGCAUCAUAUGCCGGUAUGGACACAAUCACGAUUACUGGUUCUGGAUUUGUUAAUGCUGACGAGAGUGUUAUCGGUAGCAGAAGUCAGCAAAAGACGUCCGAAAAUGAAAAAUCUCUCCUUGAUUACAUCCGAAAGAAGAAAAAGAAGAAGAAGCCACUUCCACAACUUGGAUUCUACGAAGAGAUGACAGCUGGAGCCCGAUCUCUUGGUUGUGCUCAUUUGACCGUUAAGAUUGGCGAAGCUGACGCUGUUGUCAAUGCUUGCUCAGCUACAGAAAUCGUCGCCGACCUUCCAUUUGCCGCCGCGGGUACUCAAGCUCUGACUGUUGUCGUAGAUCAGGUUGGCCGAGCCCUUGAUAACGUCAACCAAGCCUUCAACUUCGACUUUGAAGUUGUUGAUAUUCAGCCAACAUCUGGAUCACUUGGUGGUGGAACUAGACUGACCGUUAUUGGUUCCGGCCUAUCUAACAAUAUUGAAGUACUUGUUUGUGGAAAACCUUGCACAAACUUUGAUCAGACAGCUCUCAAGGCUGGAUUGAUUAUCUGCGAUGUUCCAAAGCCAGACGAAGGUACAACUACUUGCUCUGUCACUGUUAACGAAAUGGUCCGGGGACGCAAGGGACGAAAUACCUUCAAUUUCAAUUUCUCUGCGGAUCAGACUCCAACUGUCACUGCUAUCUCUAAAACAAAGGGAGGUACAGCUGGUGGAACUGAGUUGAAUAUCUCUGGUACUGGUUUCUCUGGUUCUAAUGAUUUGGCGUCUAUGGUAACCAUUGUUAAUCCAUCCGAUCCGAAUAAUGAGAAUACUCCUGAAUGUCUUAUCACCGACUUGACUGAUACUCAAAUUAUCUGUACUACUCAGGCAUCUGCACUCGGUAGUUUUAAGGGUGUUGUCACUGUCUACAUCGAGGGCAAGGGUAACGCACAAGCUGAUGAAUCUCUUGUUCAAUUUUGGUACAUUGACAGAUAUUCAAGUACAUACACUUGGGGAUGCACUGAUGGAUCUUGCAAGCCAGUCGCCGGAGAUAUCGUCGUUGUUAGUACUGGACAGACACUUCUUCUUGACGAAUCUACUGAGCUUCUUGCUGUUCUUCUCAUCGACGGUGGUACCCUCAUUUGGGACCGACAGAGUGGAAUCAAGCUUCAAGCUGAGUACAUUAUUGUCACUAAAGACGGUCAUUUUGAAAUUGGUACAGAAGAAGAUCCAUUCUGCCUUGAUGACGAUGGAAACCGAAUGACAGCCGAAAUGGUUCUCUUCGGCCACCAUAGAAGCAUUCGAUUGCCAAUCUACGGUGCUAAGGUUAUGGCAGUUCGAAGCGGUACCGUCGAUAUGCAUGGUUGUGACGUCAUUACCUGGACUCAACUUGCUCAAACUGCGAACGCAGGCGACAACGUUAUCAAGCUUGAGGCUGAUAUCAGACAAGGUGCCGCUGGAGGAUGGCACGUUGGUGAUCAUAUUGUUGUUGCUACAACUGGCCCUCGACUGACAAUGACUCAAUCGGAACACGUCGAGAUCGCAGCUAUCAGCGCUGAUGGUACAGAAAUUACGCUGAACCGAACGCUCAAUUACAUGCAUCUUGGUGUCGAAUCCUUCUGGGAAGGUGCCAAUGGACAAGUCAAGCUCGAGCAGAAGGCUGAAGUUGGUCUUCUCACUCGAAAUAUUAAGUUCCGAGGGCACAACAACGAAGAAUGGAUUGAAGAUCUCCCUGAGUGCGAAAACGAAUUUGACUCAGCCCAGACUUCCAUUCAGAACUGUUUCUUGAACAAGUUCAACGAUGAAGUUGGCAACGAUAAAUUUGGUGCUCAUUUGAUGUUCCACAAGCCCACUUACGGCAAGGUUGAAUAUGUUGAGUUCUCUCACACUGGACAAGGUUUCCACCUUGGUAGAUACUCGCUGCAUUUCCACAUGUCUCUUCAUCAGCCUAACUCUUACUUCCGAGGUCUUGGUGUUCACCACACUUUCAACCGAGCUAUGACUAUUCACGGAACUCACGACGCGCUCUUUGAGUGGAACGUUGCUUAUCGAUGUGAGGGUCAUAACUUCUUUAUUGAAGACGGUUGGGAACAAAACAAUACUAUCCAGUACAAUUUGGGUAUCUUCGCGCGACCAUCUUCUUCAAUGCUGAAUACUGAUCAGUCCGCCACUACAUUCUGGGUGACCAAUACGAACAAUCGAGUUCGCCAUAAUCAUGCAGCUGGUGCUGCCUUCUUUGGAUUCUGGAUCAAUCCACCAAGCAGCCAUCAUCACGCUGGUGAGCAAUGGUUCCAGGACUCUGGAUAUGCCAAAUGUCCAGACUCUCAGCCUGUUCUUGAAUUCAGAAACAACACUGCCCAUAGUGUUGGUGAGUACGGCUUUUGGAUUUUCUUGGAAUACCGACCAAGAGCUGAAGAUUGUGGAGGAACCCGGGGUGGUGAUCGACAGCACAACUUUGAGGACGUUGUCGGCUGGCAUAACAAGCGAGGUUUUGAAAUCGCUUCCGCUGGAAAUGGCGUCCGAGUAAAGAACGGUGUUUUCUCUGACAACUCUAUCUCCAAUUUUGCUUUCAUGGAGUCAAGAGAUGAGCUCUUCGGAGAUCUCUCGUACGGUAUGCAGGACGGUAUCUCUAUCGGAUACUCAGGCGCCCACGAAUCUCUUAAUGACUGUACUUCCAUCGGUCUUGAGACCCCAUGGAUGGUUGGUUCUACCGACGUUGAUGGAAUACGAUUCUUCAACUUUGAUCACAGCAAGUGCAAGGGCAUCGACGCUUGUUACGCGUCUGAUUUCGAAGAUUGCGGUUUCACUGCUGAGUUUAGACGAGUCCAAUGGAACAACUCUCCAAAUCGAUUCCGAGCUAAAUGGCGACAUGUUACUAUUCUCCACGAUACUGACGGAACUCUAUCCGCACCAUUGAACUCUGAGGGUAGUGGUGGUGACGGCUGGCCACAGCGAAUGCUUGGACAACCCGGUGCCAAGGUUGUUGCUUCUGCUAGCAACUAUGAUCCAGGAUGUACCUCCGAUGCUUCAUUCUCACGAGGAGCAGACUCUUCUAUUUGCCCACCGGCGACUGCUUUCCAUCGACUUGGUUUAAAUAAUAUGCCUGCAGUAUUUUCCGGAACACAAAUGAAUAUGACCUCUAUCUAUGGUGAAGAACGAGGAAAUUUCCAGAAAUGCCGAUCUACUCAUGGCGGUGGAUGGAUGGUUUUGUUGCCAACAGGAGUUGAAAACUACGUCCAUUGGGUCGGAUUAGGUCACGUGAACAAUAUUUCUUAUUCUGCAAAUAUGUACGAUGUCGGAGAGACGAAGGAAGUCUGGCUUUCUCAUGAAGUCCAGAGAGUUGAUUACGUAACUGGUCUUGGAGAAGAAAUGGAUCGCCUUCCUCAAGCCGGCGACGGAAAUAAGAAAUAUUACUACGGUAAUGAUACACUUACUGUUCCGGGUGCCCACAAGGGCCGACUUGCAAUGAUGUUCGAUCGAGCUGAUUGCAUUGCUGGUUCUGAAAAUUCUGGUACCCCUGACAAAUACUGCGAUAACAGUUUCAACAUGAAAAUGUACAAGUGUUUCUGGGAGAAUUGUAUUCCUCCACCAACUGAUCCACCACCAGUCAAUCCAGAUCAAACAACUUGCCGCUGGUCUGUUCCAGAAUGUUGGGAAGAUGGUAUCCCAGAACCGGGAUCUAAUGUCACAAUUACGGGAUCCACUCACAUGCUUAUCGAUAUUCCAGACGUCGAUGUCGAUCUUAUCUUUGUGGAAGGAGCACUAGAAUUUGAUCAGCUUGCUGGAAAAGAUUUCACCAUUACAGCUCGACAAAUUUUGACGAACACUGGCGGUGGAAACUUCACUGAUAUGAUUGGAAGAUCGUUUGGUACUGUCGAGAACAUGAAGUAUUCCAAGGGUAUCGAGGGCAGAAAUACUUACUUUAUGUCGCAGUCCGCUUUCAAAGUUGGAACAGCUGAGAACCCAUGGCCAUGCGAUGGUUCAGUCCAGAUUAGUCUUACCGGAGAUAAAUGGUCUACAGAAGUCGGGUCUCCAGAGGCUGCUAUUGUUAUUGGAGCUAAGGCUAUCGCGGUUUUAGGUGGUCUGGAAAUGCAUGGUUGCCCCCGGAAUUUCACUAAGACAUACCUCAAGAACUUCAUCUUACCUGGAUACAGAGAGAUUAGGACAACUGACGCAACAGGCUGGAACGUUGGCGAUCGAAUCUUCAUCGCUCCAACCAGUUUCGAUCCACGAGAGGCUGAAGAAUUCUUCAUUCAGGCUAUCGAUGGAAACCUUAUCACUCUGGAUCAUCAAGUUGAGUUCAGACAUGCUGGUGUUGACGAGACGCGUACACUUAAAUAUGGCUCCGAUACUCACUUUGGCGCUGAAAUUGGUCUUCUCUCCCACAAUAUUGUCAUCGACGGUCAUAGUGACUCCGAGGACAUCUUUGGUGGUCGUGUUGUUGUAAUGAGAUCCGCCGAAGCAAACACAGGGGCUCUGCGAUAUGGUUGGGCACAAAUUCAAAACGUUGAGUUCCGAGGAAUGGGUCAGUUCGGUUACCAAGAAGAAGAUGAUCAGCGAGUUCCAGUUUUCCUCUGGGGUCUUCAAGAUGCUUCUGUCGCCGAUUCUAUUUACAACAUUCAGCCAUCAUAUGUGAAAGACUCUUCUUUCCAUCAUUGCUACAAUGGUGGUAUCGCCACUCGAUUUACAACCAACUACGAGAUUAGUGGCAAUGUCAUGUAUGAUAUGCUCGGUGGUAACCAUAUAAUGAAUCUUGACUCGCCCGUUGGUUCUACAAUCACAAACAAUCUUAUUUCAAAGAUUCAAUUCCACGCUAUCUAUCCAGCUACAGCUGAAUUUUACAAAUAUGAGGAAGACACAGAACCAGCCGGAUUCUUUAUCACAGCCACUCGCGAUAUCGUGUUUGAUGGAAACACCGUUGCCGGAGGAGAUGGAAACGGAUUUGUGACACAGUUUGAUGCCUGUGACGCGACUGAGCUUUGCAGUUAUGAGAAUUCUGGAUCUGCAAUGGGACAUAAUACCGCUCAUACUACGCUUAGAGGUGUCCACUGGAACAAUAAUGGACCAGGUGACUGCGUAAAGAUUGCUAACUUCACUUCAUGGAGAAAUAUGCAUCAUUGUGUCUGGGUUCAGGCCAGUUCUGGUGUCGUUGUUGAAAACGUUCUCUGCGUUGAUAACUGGUCUGCUCUUUGGAGUUGGAAAAUUGGACCGAGCCCAGUCGGCCAUGGAAUGGAUAAUCAACCAUCAACAUUUAGAAACUUCAUCAUUGACCAGUUCUCUGAUACAUUAACAUGCAAUGAUUACAUCAUUCGUGAAGCAACGCAAAAUUACAAGGAAACUAAGAACUCCCGCACUCCUGGUACUCGAACACAGGGUACUUACGGUAUCAUGGUUCCACAGUUUGCUAGCAGCGGCAUGAAAUGGCCCGGAAAGCCACUUGGUGUUGCUGAAGCGUAUGCUUCUCUUUAUGGAGGUUCCUGUUUCAUGGAUAUCCAGUUGAUGAACUUUGGAGAAAAAUGUGGCCGAGAUUUCUACGGCAUCGGAACGAGCAGCAGAUGGUCCGAACAUCAGCAUAUGAUGGAGUUGCAGUUCGUUACUUUUGACGGCCCAUCCACCCAUCGAUACCAGUUCUCAAGACCAAAUCUUGGAUGGAUCAGCAUUGCUGAUUGUGUUGACAUGGAUUGUGAUGGUCUCAAGCGAUCCAUGCUUGUUGAUCUUACCGGUGACUUCCUCGGUAUGCCAUCUACCUACAUCAUGGCACAAUCGGAGUAUCACUACGAGAAGUGGGUUGAAGAGUCUCCUCACUACUACCAGGGCACUUCUGACUUAGAAGGAAACGAAGACUGGCCACAGUCUGACGAGCGACGUGGACUUGGUGACUUCAGAAUUCCAAAAACAAUGGUUACAACCCUCGAUGGGCAUAGAAUUCCAUUCCCAGAAUACGCACCUCUCAAGGGCACAAUCCGAAACGAUCAAUGCACAUGGAAUCCAGAUGCUGACGGCUACGAAUGUCCAAUGGGUAACUUUGCUCAGCUUGGUUUCGAGUCUUUUGACCACGAUUCUUCCACUCGACGAGUUGCUCCUAUCGGUCUUCGCGAUAACGAGCGAAAGCGAAUUGAUCUUUCUAAUGGUGUUAUGGACGUUUCUUGUUGCUUCGGUUAUGCUUGUCUUCUCCGAGUCACAAUGAAUUUCUUCAACCUUGAAUGUGGUCACACUUACCAAUACCAUACUUCUGGAACUCUUCCAAAGCAUACUCGAUUCCAUAUGUUCGGAACGAAGUCCGUGCCACAGGCUGAAUGCAAGAUUCGAAUUGAGCUCUUUACUUUCCGACAGAAUCGACAGAUGAUUUAUCUCAAUGGCGAGUACCAGAGAAGCAACCAGCAAUACACCACACCAGAUGGUGGUGAAGCAUGGCACUUCCCAACCGAUGACUUGAAGCCUGAGUUGACCGAACCUGCUGGCGCUAACUACUUCCAGCGAAUGGAACAAGUCGUUUACUUCAACAUGGAACCAGGAACAUAUGUUGACGUCAAGAUUUCGGAUACAAUUCUUCUUGAACUCGACGUUGUUAUGGAAUUGACUAUCGAUGAGUUCUGGGAUCACACAGAGCUUCCACGUCUUCUUGCUGUCAUGCUUGGCAUCCACGAAAGUAAGAUCAAGAUGAUGAAUGUUAUCGCCGAAGACUCUGAUCCACAACGACGACGACGAUCCCCAUACAACCGAUACGAGAACCCAACAUUCGAUCGACGAAGACGACAGUCAGGAAACAUGUUCACAGUUCUUCUCGAAGCUGGCUCAGGUGUUUGCAAUCCUAACUGCCCAGGUGUUCGAGUUACGGACGAACGACUCGAGGCUAUCGAAAUCGGUAAUACUCUCCUUGCAAAGCUCGCAACUGGUGAGCUUGAUGCUCUUACAAACACUACAACUGAGUCUGUUGGUAUUUCUAUUCCCGAAAAGGAUGCUGAAGCCCCAUCUUGGUUCGAUCCUGAGACUAACGAGUCGAAUUACACCAUUGCCACUGUUCUUGGUCUCGAGGGAAAUGCUACCCUUCAGGAAGUUGAAGCCGCACAAUUUAAUCUUACUGGAGAGACUCUUGAUGAUUUGCCUACAUUCGUUGAUACUCAAGAAGUUAUCGAAGAAGCACUGGCUGCUGGUGCUGAAGUUAUCACUUACACUGCAAGUGAUCUGCCCGAUAAUAUCACCAUCGCUUCUUUCCCAGAAGAGAUCGUCAUUGGCGAGCCCGUUUACCCACCAAUUGUUCUUCACGCCUACCGACAAGGUGUCCGCAUGGAGCGACCAAUUGGUCUACUUGCCGAUCCAUGGACAGUUAACGCGACCGCUGUUCUGAGAACGCGAACUCUCUCGCUCUCUGGUGAUACCACGUGUGCCUUUGAUGCCCUUGGCAACUGCACAUUCUACAAUUUGAUCUUUGACCAAGUUGCUGAAAAUGUUGGACUUAACUUCCAGGUCAUUUCACCAGCUUCAGCGAUAGGAGUAGUUGCCGACCCUCCUGUUAGCGAUCCAUUCGUUGUUAUCGACCCUACUGGUCAGUCAACACCAGCUCCAGAGACAACAACGGAGCCAACGACGACCACGGAGACUUCAACUGUUUUCAUGCCAAAGGAUAUCUCCUGCUCCCUCAAGAAGGGCAAGACACUUGGCUGCUCAAAGCGAAACAUGCAUACCGGCGAGAACUUGGUUAAACUGAUCAUGGCUAUGACGCCGAAGCAGCGCAAGAAUGUCAAGCAGCUCGACAUUUCUGGAAACCCAGCGCUUCCAAUCGAAACACUCAAAUCGAUUCUGACUUAUCUCCCAGGCUUGACCACCCUUGAUGCCUCCUAUGGUCGAUGGACAGUCAUUCCAUCGGAUAUGUUCAAAUUUAACACGAAACUCAAGACUUUGGAUAUCAGCAAUAACAAGAUUCAAUGCAUUCGAGGCGCUCUUAGCGGACUCAAGAUGAAGUCGAUGAAGUUCGCUAACAACGAUAUGCUCGUCGAAGUUGCUGGUGGCAAGACCAAGUCUAAGAAGGGCAAGCUCGCCAAACUCAUCAAAGAAUGGAACAAGAUGGACAAGGGCUUGUGCUUCUACUACAAUUAA